UGAAGUUUUAGAAGAUAAUAACUAUGAUAAGAAUCCAAUAGAAUCAUCUUUAUUUCUGGAAAAUACAGCUUCAUCUCAACGUAAUACUCAUGUUUUAGAAGAAUUUGAUGAUAUACCAGCUCCUAUACAUAAAAUAUCUAGAUAUUCAGAUACAAUUAUUCCUUUACAACAAGAUUAUAGAAAUUUAGAUGAUAUAUCAACUCCUAUGCUUAUAACAUCAAGGGAUUCAAAUGCUUUACUUUCUUUGCAUCAUGUUCAUAAAAAUUUGAUCAACUUUGAUAAUAUAUCAGCUCCUAAUCGUGCAAUACAGAAUUCAGACACAUCAAAUUCAGACACAUCAGUUCGUCAAGUUCAUGAAAAUUCGAUUGAAUCUGAUAAUAUGCCAGCUUCUGGGCAUGAAAUAUCAAAGAAUCUGAAUAUAUCAGUUUAUCAAUUUCAUGAAAGUUCAAUCGAUCUUGAUAAUAUAUCAGCUCCCGGUUGUGCAAUACAGAAUCCAGAUUCAUCAGUUUGUCAAGUUCAAGGAAAUUUGAUUGAAUCUAAUAUAUCAUCUCCUAGACGUAUAAUACCAAAGAAUUUGAACACAUCAGAAUUUAGAAGAAAUAUCAAUUUAUAUACGGCUAUUUAA